UGGCUAGGAAAACGAGGAGCAAUGCCUGCGGUGGAGGAUAGAGAGGGAGGAGGGAAACUGUGGGGUUCGGUCACUUCCGCACCAUGUGAGCAGCACCGGGACUGAAGCUUCCUCGGCCCCGGAUGGUCCGACUGCAUCCCCCAGGAUGGAGGGCUGUUAACCGGGCGCGACACAGACAUCCAUCGGUGACCUCCAGAGCGGACCGAGCGGCACCCCGCGGCUGAACGCCCGCUCCGCGCUGCUCACAGAGCGGAGCCAUGACUGCGGACGUGGCCGUGUCUCUGUCGGUGCUCGCGGUGGUGGUGCUGCUGAGCGAUGCGACCCGCCGGUUGCUGGCGCGGGCCCUCCGGGACACCGGGCUCUCACCGUACGCGGCGGAGCUCGUGUCCACCUUCCAGCUCUGCUGCUGCGCGCACGAGCUGAAGCUGCUCUCCGAGGUCGGCGGCAUCCCGCCCCAGCUCGCGCUCACCUUGACGUACGUGACGUCCGUGGCCCACGGGCUCACCUUCAGAGGGGCCGUGGGGAACCCCUGCGGCGCGCUGGAGCACGCGUGGCGCGCCAGGUCCGCGGGUGGGUGCGCAGCGCGCCGGAUCGCGUGCCAGUUCGCAGCGGCCGUGAUGGCGCGCGCGGCCGUGCCGGUGAUCUGGGGCAUGGGGCUGUCGGGACUGCACAGCCGGCACAAGCUGCUCGGGUUCCGGUGCGUCAGCGCCAUCCACGCGUCUCUGCCCGGGGCCGCUGCCGUGGAGCUGAUGUGCGCCUUCGCUGUUCAGACCGUCAUCACGCACACGCACUCCGUGGAGGAGAGAUACCGCGUGCACGCGGUGGCUGCUGCCAUCACAGCCGCGGUCUAUGCAGGCGGCGGUGUGACGGGAGCGGUGUUUAACCCGGCGCUGGCCUUCUCUACACAGUUCUCCUGCAGUGGAAACUCCUUCCUGGAGUACUGCUUUGUGUACUGGUUGGGUCCGCUUCUGGGUAUGAUGAGCUCAGUGCUUCUCUUUGAUAAACUCUCGCCGGCGUUUUCACAAAGACCGGCGCCUCUUCACCUCCCGCUGCGGACCAAGAAGCAGACAUGAGCUCUGCAGGGCGGCAUGUUUACCACAGAGCACAUCAGAUGUAAAUCCUGACAGAGCUUAAGUUACUGCUCAGCUUCUUUUUCUAAACAACACUUCAGUUUAAGAGAUGUUUAAAAAUAUAAAUUAGAGCAGAGGCGUCAGGGUGAGUUAAUGUUUGAAGCACAACACUUUUAACCUAGAAUGAAGCCGUUUAUAGACCCGUUUACUUUAAAAUCCAGUGCAGGUAGAGGUCAGCGGGGGUUUGCCCAGUUUAUUAACAGGAAAAA